UUUCCCAAGCCUUGAAGGUCAACACUAUUUUCGUACAUUUAUUUUCGGUAGUCAAAAUACCCAAGUUGUUAAAGUGAAAAUGGAGUCGUAUCAGAGGACAACGAAAGCCUCGACCAUCACGCAAGUGGACAUCCUAAUGACUGGAUCCCAGUAUAUUGGAACCAGCGAUGAUUUGGGCAUGCAGAACUUCGGUGUCUACAUUUUUCCGGAUGGCAGCAGGUACACAGGAGAGUUCCUAAACAAUCGUUUCCAUGGAAGGGGUUCCAUUCAGGUGCCAGAUCCCUCGGGCGUUACCUACCAAGUGACCCAUAGACAUGGCAAACUGAUAGCGAUCGAUCAAAUGAAGUUUAAUGACUCGCUGCCCGUGGACUUUGAGAUAAAGGAUAGUGGCUCGAUGAGUUUCGAAUCCUGGUCGUAUUGCACUGCUGAGGAUCGUCGCUUCUACCAGGAGACCAAGGGCCCCAUGGAACCUGUAGGGCCAAAUAAGUUCAAGACCAAAGAUGGACCCGAUCCCCCGGUCUUGUCACGUAAUGUUUUCGACCUUGGUUUCGGUCUGCUGGGCAAUCGUGGUUUUAUGUUAGAUACAAAGACUUAUAGCCAUCAGAGUUUAUAUGUGGGAUGUCGUGAGGCACGUCGUUGGAUACGGGAAAACUGUGCCCAUGGACCUCUGUGGAACCGUCAUCAUAAACAGAAGAUGAUGGCCCGUUUUGCCAGGGAGAUCAUUCGGAAUAACCAGGAGAAUGCCGGUUGCAGUCGGAAGCACUACAUGCCCAAGUUGCACAUCUGCCAACGCUCUAGCAGCUUGGAUAGCUUCGGUUCCGAGCGUCUCCACCUGGCCAGCACCACGGACUCCACCUCCUCGGAGGUUCAGGCCAUGAGGUUGCGUCAUCGGGAGUUCCGCAGCAAAUGGAGGCGAUCCAGGAGUGAGAGCAGCGUGUGCCGCAUCAACUGAGGAUCUUUCAAUUUUCGUUAUAUUUUCGGUUCUACUUUCUAUGUGGCUUCAAAUUAAAAUAUAUUGUGUACAAGUUGA